GUGAGCUUAAUUGUUUUCCCCUGAAGGUGUGUGUGGUUGUGACGUUGCGCGCCCCUCUCCUGUCCCACAGCAGUGAACGCAGCACGGGGCUCAUUCCUGCAGUGUCCCGCUGUCGGACGGUCUGUCGGCGGGCUGAGCUCGGAGGAGGCGCCGCGCUGUUAAAACUCCCAGGAUUUAUACUCUGCCAUUUUGAGCAAAAAAAAACCGGCCGACAUCAGCGUUCAGACGCGUCCAUUAAAACACACAAGUCAUGACUCCAAAGUGGUGAACUACCUCUGUGCAUUUAGAAGAAGGCCUCUGAAGUGGGGGACAGUUAACCCAACAAAAGAGGAGUUCUUGCCUUGAACCGGUCAUCAGUCCAUUUCAGCCAUGUGCUCCACAAAUCACUCAAACUGGGUCACAUUUGAAGAUGACAACACACCACUCUCAUCACCUCAGAAGCCCCUACAGUCAUCUGGGCAUGUCAAAGCAUCAGUACCGCGUCCCAAUGGUCUGAAAUUAGUGCUUCCUCCUAUCAGAGAUACUUCCUGGAGUUUUAAUAGUUCCCUGGAAUCCCCUCAAAGCCACUCUAGUCUUAGUGGAAGUUCCUGUUUACCAUGUAACACGCCCUUUUGCACUCCUGUGAGCGGGGUUCCUAGCAAUGCGUCCCCAUUUCACACCAACACGUGGGAAAAGAACAACUUCUUCAGGAGUUACUCCAGCACAUCGAGCACCUCUGUUCCUUCUCCUGCACCAGAGGCACUGAAUCAAACCUCAGAUGGACCAAGCCCUUUCCCCUCUUUCCAGGGGAACUCAGGACACUAUAACCCCUUCUGGGAUGGAUCUACACACAGUGCAGAUGUGGAUAGCUCCUCCUCAGACUCAGAAACUGACAACAGCCUACCACGUUUCUUUAUUCGGACCAAAGAUGGCAAUGAGCCUCCCCGCGACCAACUCCAGAACUCCUUCUCCUACGUUUGCCACAAACUAGAAGGCCUACGAGCAGUGACGGACCACGAAACAAAGACAGAAAAAGAUACGGAGAGGCGGCUAAGUUGCAAAAAUGAGGUGUUCAACGAGGGUUCGUCUCAGUUUGUUCCUCGGGGUCUGUUUCGUAGCCAGAAGAGGGACGGCUGGUCUGUCAUGAUCAGGAUUCCUGAAAAAAAGAACCGCAUGUCCUCUCGACAGUGGGGGCCAAUCUAUCUCCGCCUGUUGCCGGGAGGUGUGCUGCAGAUGUAUUAUGAGAAAGGUCUAGAGAAGCCAUACAAAGAGUUCCAGCUUCUCCCUCAGUGUAGGAUCUCAGAUCUUAAACUAGAAAGCUACGGGGAGCACCGCAAAGUCCUCACGCUCAAGAUAGAACAUUUCUCAUACACGGAAAAGAAACGCUUCCACCCGAAACCGGAGGUUAGUCAUGAGCCGGAGGUAGAGCAGCUGCUCAAGUUCGGCUCCACAGUGCAUGACGACAUGGAGGACCUGGUAGUCUCCAUGGAAGAGGAAAUCUUCAAACUGAGUAUGCCCCACCAGCAGAGGAAGCACUACGAGGAGCAGGAGCUGUCAUUGCAGAUCACUGAUCACAUCUGGGUACAACUGGAUAAGUGUGGAAAAGUCAUGGAGCGGACAGCUUUCACCCAGAUACACUGUCUGUCUUUUCUGAACGGACUAGGCGAUUGUUUUCUCGCCCUUAAUGAUCUCGGGCUGCUGCGUUUUGAUUCCAGCUACGGGUCUGAAGAGGGCACUGAACUCUGGAUGGAGAUCACCGACUGCCAUUUUCACAAAUGUGUGAAUGAGACGGAGUUUCAGAGGUCCCGGCUGAUUAAGUUCUCACCUCCUGAAGCCUGCAGGGUGGAACUGAUGCGGUACAAGACGAUGACUUUAGGUUGCACAGAAAUUCCCUUCUCCAUCAAAGCUGUGGUCACAGUUCAGGGUGCCUAUGUGGAGCUCCAGGCCUUCCUUAACAUGUCGGCCACCUUCCUCUCUUCCAUGAGGGUGUCGGACACGUAUCCGCUGUGUGAGAACGUAGUGAUCCGUGUGCCGGUGCCGGGUGACUGGGUCAAAGUGACACAGACGGUGGCCUUACUGCGACAGAGGUCACUGAAGGCUCGUAUGAACAGGAAUGCCUGUUUGGGUUAUGUCAGCACUGCAGACUCGCAGCCGGUCAUGCAGGUGACAGUUGGCACUGUCAAGUAUGAGAAUGUAUAUUCAGCGAUCGUGUGGAGGAUCGACAGAUUGCCGGCAAAGAACACAGCAGUGGAUCAUCCCCAUUCAUUUUCCUGCAAGCUAGAGCUGGGAUCUGAUCAGGAGAUCCCAAGUGACUGGUACCCCUUUGUCACGAUGGAAUGUGAAAUUAUGGGCGCAGUUGUAUCGCAGACCAAGGUGAAGUCACUGGGCACUACGAAUGACAUUCAGCCACAGAAACAUGUGACCAGUUGGACACGCUAUCAUUGUCAGGCCAAACUCUACCUGUCCAUAAUCGAUGAUGUGAUUGAUAGUAUGAGGGAGCUUUUCUUGGAUGAAGGGCUUGAAGACCGCGUCCUGGACGAUUUAAGACAUCUUUGGGAGUCCAAGAUGAUGCAGUCAAAAGCAAUGGAAGACUUCAGGAAAAACAACAUCAACUCAUCCAACUUUGUGCUGCAGCUCCCCGCCAAUUACAGCCAGACAGAUCAAGAGGUCACAGCUUCAGUUGUGAUGCCUGCAGGUCAGAAUAUCCACAGUUUUCAAAGACUCAAGAACAACUCAGAGACACUUGCUACUUUUUCUCUCCCUGCUGGGUUAGCUUACCCUGUGCAGAUACCAGCUGGAGUCACUCUGCAAACAGCUUCUGGUCAACUUUACAAGGUUAAUGUUCCUGUUGUGGUUACACAGGCCGCUGCAGGUCAGCAACCUGUGUCCCAACCCACACAGAGAGUCCCUGAGUGGAAAGAGACUCCUGCCCCUCAGUCAAUUGCAGUCCCGCAAAAUACCACUCAUCAACAGGAGGUGGAGCCAUCUCCUGUUUCAGCUGCUUCUGUCACACAGCCAGCACAUCCAAAGGCCAACUUACCACCUGGUCAGGAGAACAACCCCCCCCAGAAACCACAUGUUCCUGCUGUUGAGACCUCGCAGCUGCAGGGGGCCCACUCUCCAGAGACACUAGAAGAAAAUGAGCCGAGUCCACAUCCUGAACCUGUGAACCUCAGCAUGACCGCCUCAUCCAGUAGUCAGUUAUUAGACUUCCAAAUCGGCACCGAGGAGACUUUUACACAGGCGGCACAAUUAAAGACCAGAGACAUCGACGACAUCCUGAAAGAAGUGAUUGAGGAGGAGAGAGUAAAAGCCGAAAGGGCGAGGAGUCUAGCGCCUGCAAAGACUGACAACCAGUCUGAGGGAGUUCUCGGGCUGGACCUGGACUACAACUACAGUGAACUGUCAGACAUCGUUCAGCUGGACGGUCCUGCAGACAACUCUGACAUCGAAGAGGAAGAGGGAGUACCCCUGGAAGAGAAUGACUUUCUGGGUAUAAUCAACGCAGAGGCCAUAAAGGCCCUGCAGGAAGGAGAUGAGAGCAGCAUCUCCUCCAGCAGUGACAGCGAGGGGGUGGAUGAACUCGCUAAUGUAGAGGAAGAGGAUCCUCUGAAUUCAGGUGACGAUGUGAUUGAGCAGGACAUCCCGGAUCUCUUUGACACUGACAAUGUAAUUGUUUGCCAGUAUGACAAAAUUCACCGCAGUAAGAACCGCUGGAAGUUUCAUUUAAAAGACGGAGUGAUGUGUUACGGAGGCAGGGACUACGUGUUCUCUAAAGCUGUUGGGGAAGCCGAGUGGUAAUGAGCUUCAGUUCUGCUGCAGACAUCAGAUAAUCAUGUUGAAAGAGGGUAAACUUAUUUAAAAGGGAAAAACAAUCAGUGAAUUUAGACCCCCUGGUGGUGUAAUUUGGCUCACGGAGCAUGCAGUUAAAACACCACUGUGCAAAAUCAUUGAUACUUUUUUUUUCAGUAUGUAAUUAUCAGAGCAAUACUGCAAGUCAUUUACGAUGUUACAGCCAAUUACUUACAGCGGUGCUUCUAAAUCCAAUCUACUGCGACAAACAGCAUGAAUUUAUGUUGUAUAAUAUUUAGCUGAAAAUAGUUUAAUUUAUUUAUUUUAUGAGGAUCAAAACAUUUUUUGACCUGGAAUGUGUUUUCUUCUGUUCUGAUCUCUGGAGAUGCCUAAUGUGCUGUUUGAUUUUCAAACAUUGUAAUGUCUUGCCUUUAAUCAUGCUUCAAAUACACUGAACUAUACUGUG